AUAAUGAGCUAAAAGUUUCAUUGCAUUUGGAACUGUGAUGGCUCCUCCGAUAGAAUCAAACACAAAACAUGCCAAUGGGAGACGCGAGUAUGAAGAAGAAGAUGAUGAGCUUGCGUUUUGCAUGGAAAAGAUGGUUGCGUUUGUGGUUCCAAUGGCUUUGAGGACUUCGUUCGAGCUUGGCAUAUUUGACAUCCUGGGCAAAGCCGGUGAAGGUGCCAAACUCUCUGCAAAAGAGAUUGCACUUGAGAUUGGGAGCAACAACCCCCAAGCUCCUGCAAUGCUCGAUCGUCUUCUUUGCCUUUUGGUUAGUCACUCUUUGUUAUCUUGCUCUGUUUCUCAACAACCACCACAUCAGAGGCUCUUCUCCCUCGCCCGUGGCUCCAAAUAUCUUGUUACUGAUCCUCACGGUGUAUCAUUGGGAUCCUCCCUCACAUUGCUUCUCGAUGAGGUCUUCUACAAAAGUUGGAGCGAAUUAAAAGGAUCAAUACUAGAAGGGGGUGUGGCAUUCGAUAGGGCUCAUGGCAUGCAUGCCUUUGAAUAUCCAAGCGUGGACCCCAGGUUUAAUGAUGUUUUCAACAAAGGGAUGACAGGCAUCACCACUCAAAUUAUGAAGAGGAUUCUUGAAUUAUACAAAGGUUUUGAGCAUGUCACGAAGCUGGUGGACGUUGGUGGAGGACUUGGGGUCAAUCUCAAAUUGAUCACAUCCAAAUACCCUCAUAUUCAGGCUAUUAAUUUUGACUUGCCUCAUGUCGUACAACAUGCCCCCGACUAUGCUGGUGUCGAGUUUGUGGGAGGAGAUAUGUUUCUGAGCGUUCCUUCUGGAGAUGCCAUUUUUAUGAAGUGGAUACUUCACGAUUGGAGUGAUGAACAUUGCUUGAAGCUGUUGAAGAAUUGCUACUCGGCUAUUCCAGAAGAUGGAAAGGUUAUAGUGGUGGACUCAAUUGUGUCGAUUGUGCCCGAGACAACAGCUACUGCGAAGGGAGCUUUGGGAUCUGACCUCGUAAUGAUGACCCAAAAUCCAGGAGGAAAAGAGAGGACCCGCCAAGAAUUCAUUGAAUUAGCAGAAGGAUCUGGAUUUAGCGGGGUCACAUUCAUAUGCUGUGUAUGUGGCUACUGGGUUAUGGAGUUCUACAAGUAGCUACUAGCUACCUAGCUAGCUCCCCAAAAUAAAAUUGUUCUUCUUAUAUUAAUGCACAUGUAUGCAGAGUGUUGGGGAUUAGAAAUUUAGAAACUUCGUUUACACGUAAUUUCUUUCCUUUUUUUUUUUUUUUUUUUAAUAAAGGUUACUCGUACACAUAAGCAUUCUAGCUAGCAUCCUAUAGUAUGUUAAUUAAGAGUGUGAAAGUAGAACAAGGAAAACUAGAUAUACUGGAAAAUCUAAGUUAAUCAUGUUAUUAUAGAGAUUGUCCUGAAAUUAUUGAAUAUAUCUUAAGGGCACUAGUCCGUUUGUUGA